AUGUCGGAUAAAAUACUCGAAGGUUUACAAAAAAAUUUACAAAAAGAACUUGAUUCUUUUAGAAGCUGUCAAAAAGAAUAUCAAAAAGCAAUUACCAAAAGGCAGCAAUUAGAUGCUCAAUUAAAUGAAAAUACCUGUGUUAAAAAUGAAUUAGACUUACUCGAAGAAGAUGGUGAAGUAUUUAAAUUAAUAGGGCCAGUAUUAAUGAAACAAGAUUUAGAGGAAGCCAAACAAAAUGUUGCUAAAAGAAUAGAAUAUAUUUCUGGAGAAAUGUUGGAUAAUAUGAUAGCAGACAUAGAUAAAAAACAAAAUGAACACAGGGAUUCAUUAAUAACGUUGCAGAAAAAUAUGCAAGAUGCUUUGACAAAAUCAGCGAAAAAAGGAUAA